CCAAGGGAACAGCUUUGGGAUACGAAACUUAUGCCUGCACAACCAGGAGAAUUUCAAAGCUACUGGAUAAUUCAUUGCCUUUUGAAAAUACAUUACAGUUUCUUUAUAACAUAAAACUGGGUUGUGUGCGAAACAUCUGGAAAAAUGUCGAUAUAGCAUACGUUAUGUAGCCAGCUAGCUAUUAGACAAUAUAAUUCAGAGAAAUUACACGCUAAAUUAACUAUCUUGCUAGGUGGCUAGCAUAAACUAGCUAGUUAGUUAACGUUAAUAUAUGAACAAAUUUCCAUUCCAUGUUCAGGAAACAUGUUUAUUUAUCUCAGUAAAAAGAUUGCUAUCCCAAACAACAUAAAGCUGAAAUGCGUUUCUUGGAACCGAGACCAAGGGUUCAUAGCUUGUGGAGGCGAAGACGGGCUUCUCAAAGUCCUGAAGCUGGAAACCCAGACAGAUGAUGCUAAACUCAAAGGGCUUGCAGCACCGAGCAACCUGUCAAUGAACCAGACACUUGAAGGCCACAGUGGUGCCGUGCAGGUUGUGACGUGGAAUGAGCAGUACCAGAAACUCACUACCAGCGACCAGAAUGGGCUUAUCAUCGUUUGGAUGCUCUACAAAGGCUCCUGGUACGAGGAGAUGAUCAACAACAGGAACAAGUCUGUGGUCCGGAGCAUGAGCUGGAAUGCAGACGGCCAGAAAAUCUGCAUCGUGUACGAGGAUGGAGCAGUCAUCGUGGGAUCGGUGGAUGGUAACAGGAUCUGGGGAAAGGAACUCAAAGGAAUUCAGUUGGCACAUGUUGCUUGGUCACCUGACAGCAAGAUCCUCCUCUUUGGAAUGGCCAAUGGAGAAAUCCACAUAUAUGACAACCAGGGGAAUUUCAUCGUGAAGAUGACUGUGAACUGUCUGGUCAAUGUCACCGGGGCCGUCAGCAUCGCUGGGAUCCACUGGUACCCGGGAACAGAGGGCUACGUAGAACCUGACUGUCCUUGUCUGGCAAUCUGCUUCGAUAAUGGAAGGUGUCAGAUCAUGCGUUAUGAGAAUGAUGAAAAUCCAGUGCUGAUUGACACUGGCAUGAAUGUGGCCAGCAUCCAGUGGAACCAGUGUGGUAGUGUGUUGGCAGUGGCUGGCUCACAGAAGGCUGUCUCCAUGGACAAGGAUGUGAACGUGGUGCAGUUCUACACCCCGUUUGGAGAGCAUUUACGGACCUUGAAAGUUCCUGGAAAACAGAUGACUGCGGUGUCCUGGGAAGGAGGAGGACUAAGAAUAGGUCUGGCUGUGGACUCCUUCAUUUACUUUGCCAACAUUAGGCCAGAUUACAAGUGGGGGUACUGCUCCAACACGGUGGUGUACGCCUACACCCGCCCGGACCGCAUGGAGUACUGCGUGGUCUUCUGGGACACCAAGAACAACGAAAAGUACGUCAAGUACGUCAGGAGCCUCCUGUCCAUUACCACUUGUGGGGACUUCUGCAUCCUGGCCACCAAAGCAGACGAUUCACACCCCCAGGAGGAUGCUGAAGCAGAGGCAGUGACCGCUACGUAUGCGCUGGUGCUGUGCAACUCCAUUGGGACCCCACUGGACUCAAAGUACAUUGACAUCGACCCGCUGUUCGUCACCAUGACGAGGACGCACGUGAUUGCUGCGUCAAAGGAGGCCUUCUACACCUGGCAGUACCGCGUGGCGAAGAAGCUGACUGCCCUGGAAAUCAACCAGGUGGCCAAAACCAGGAAGGAGGGCAGGGAGAGGGUCUAUCACAUCGAUGACUCUCCCUCCGGAACCGGGGAUGGAACGCUGGACUUCGGGAAAGCCUUCACUGCAACCAGAGAUUGUAUCUGCUGCAUUACGGCAACAGACAAAACUCUUAUUGUGGGUAGAGAGUCUGGCACUAUUCAGAGGUACAGUCUCCCCAAUGUGGGACUGGUGCAGAAAUACUCUCUGAACUACAGGGCCUACCAGCUCUCGCUUAACUGCAACUCCAGUCGCCUGGCAAUAAUCGACAUCACCGGGGUGCUGACGUUCUUCGACCUGGAGCCCCGUGCUGUGACGGACAGCUCGGGGAGCCAGGCGGCCGCGGGGGACCCGCUGAAGUUCGAGCGAAAAGACGUGUGGGACAUGCAGUGGGCCAACGACAACCCCGACCUGUUCGCCAUGAUGGAGAAGACAAGGAUGUACGUGUUCAGGAACCUGGACCCUGAGGAACCAAUCCAGACAUCUGGAUAUAUAUGCAACUUUGAAGACCUGGAAAUAAAGUCUGUCCUGCUGGAUGAAAUUUUAAAGGAUCCAGAGAGGCCGAAUAAAGAUUACCUGAUCAACUUUGAGAUCCGUUCUCUGAGGGACAGCCGUGCCCUGAUAGAGAAAGUGGGCAUUGAGGAUGCCUCCCAGUUCAUUGAAGACAACCCCCACCCCAGACUCUGGCGGCUGCUGGCAGAAGCAGCCCUGCAGAAGCUGGACCUGAAGACUGCUGAGCAGGCCUUUGUGCGCUGCAAGGACUACCAGGGCAUUGAGUUUGUCAAGCGGCUGGGCAACCUGCAGAGCGAGUCCAUGAAGCAGGCCGAGGUGGCUGCCUACUUCGGCCGCUUCGAGGAGGCGGAGAGGAUGUACCUGGACAUGGACCGCAGGGACCUGGCCAUCAGUCUGAGGAUUAAGCUGGGGGACUGGUUCAGGGUGCUGCAGCUGCUGAAAACAGGCUCUGGGGACAGCGACGAUGCUCUGCUGGAGCAGGCCUACAACGCCAUCGGGGACUACUUCGCCGACAGACAGAAAUGGGUCAACGCUGUGCAGUACUACCUUCAGGGCCGGAACCAGGAGAGGCUAGCAGAGUGCUACUACAUGCUGGAGGAUUACGACGGAUUAGAGAGGCUGGCCAAUUCCCUCCCUGAGAAUCACAAACUGCUCCCGGAAAUUGGUCAAAUGUUCGUCACUGUAGGCAUGUGUGACCAGACAGUGAACGCGUAUCUGAAAUGCAACCAGCCCAAGGCUGCUGUUGAUGCCUGUGUGCACCUGAACCAGUGGAACAAGGCAGUUGAACUGGCCAAAAACCACAACAUGAAAGAGAUUGGAUCACUUUUAGCCAAAUACGCCUCCCACCUGCUGGAGAAGAAUAAGACCCUUGAAGCAGUUGAGCUGUACAGGAAAGCACAUCACUUCCUGGAUGCUGCAAAGCUUAUGUUUAAGAUCGCUGAUGAGGAGGCCAAAAAGAGGACCAAGCCGCUGCGGGUGAAGAAGCUGUAUGUGCUGGCGGCCCUGCUGGUGGAAAACUACCAUGGCCAGGUGAAGAGCUCCCAGCAGAGCAAGGCCAAGGGGAAGAAGUCUGAGGCCACUUCAGCACUGGAUGGUCUGCUGGAGGAGGAUGCCACGUCGUCAGACAGCCGCAUCGUGGACAGCGCCUGGCGCGGAGCGGAGGCCUACCACUUCUUCCUGCUGGCUCAGAGACAGCUGUAUGAUGGAUAUGUGGAUGCUGCCAUGAGGACAGCUCUUCACCUGAGGGACUAUGAGGACAUCAUCCCAGCCGUGGAGAUCUACUCUCUGCUGGCCAUCUGCUCCUCGGCCAACCGGGCCUUUGGAACCUGCUCCAGGGCGUUCACCAAGCUGGAGUCCCUGGAUAGCCUGACCCAGGAGCAGAGGCAGCACUACGAGGACCUGGCUCUGGAGAUUUUCACCAAACACAGCCCCAAAGACAACAGGAAGUCUGAGCUGGACAGCGUGCCAGAGGGGGGCGAGGGGAAGCUGCCCACCUGCAUUGUGACGGGGCGGACCAUUUCUGAGUACCAGUUCUGGAUGUGUAACGUCUGCAAGCACUGUGCCCUGGAGCAGGAGAUCAGCAAUCACAACUUCUGCCCACUGUGCCACAGUUCUCUGGCAUAGGGCACCCAAAACCUUCUGCCAGCUGUACCACAGGUCUCUGGCAUACAGCACCCAACACCUUUUGCCAGUUGUACCACGGUUCUCUCGCACAGGGUAUCAAGCUCAGCACCUGCUUUCAGGCUGUUGUGGAAUUUAUCAUCCAUGCUCUGUACUGGGUAUGCAUUUCCCCUUAUGUAUUAGAUUUCACAUCGAAAAAUAGAACAGCACUAUAUUUACUUACAUGUUUUCUCUCGCUGAACAAAUCAAUUGUUUUAUACAAAUGUAUUUUGUAUCACGUCAGUUUUCUAGGUGUACUUGAUUGUGUGAUAUGUCAAUUUUUCAUUACUCCUCUCUUGGAAGUAUACAGACAUUUUUACUAUAAAGUCACACCCACCUCAUGUCAGAGAAAUAAGAA